AUGAAGAAUGAAGAGGAAGGUCACACUUUGAGAGGAGGUGAAAGCCGGCAGCCUGAAGGAAAUGUUAGACAGGAACUUGUUUGGCAUUUUGGCCACAGUGAAGUGAGAGAUGAUGUACAAAGGCUCACAAAGCAGAUGAUGGAAGUCAGGAGAAAGAUUAAGGAGUGUCAGAUGAAGCGCUAUAUGUGCUCUCAAAUUCCUGAACCAGACAAUCAUGAUGACUUUUGCCUUAUACCUUGA